AUGCUUAAACCACUCACAGUGCUGGUUCUUACAGUAGGACUAUUGGCUUCGGCCGAAUUGCACUGUCAAGAUCCCUCGAAUUGCCCUUUCUAUCCCAUCCAUAGUUGCUUUGCAACUGAAAAAGGGCUUGUGUGUGGAAGCAAAAGCGAUGGUGGAUUCGAGAUGAGUAUCAACCCCAUCGAGACAUUCUACUACACACCAUUCAAUGUUGAGAAUGACACAGGAAUGCCCUGCAUCACAAUCCCACUUUCAGAUGAACUUUACAGCUAUGUUGAUUACCGGGGACCGACUGUAAUGGACUUAGACGAUCUCGAACUUAUUGGAAAUUGCAGUCGAAUGUCAUACUGUGACAAGCGCAAGAGAACAUGCCAGCCUAAACGACCUGUAGGAUCUCAUUGUAGUCACAAUAUGGAAUGUUAUUUUGGAAUGGAUGGAUUCCCAGGUCAUUGCACAAAUCAAAGCGUUUGCUCUAUACGUGAAGGUCUCCCGGCUUACUAUUAUACACCGUCUAAUGAGCAAUGGACGGUGGGAGAUCAGUGGCAAUCUGCUGUGUAUGCUCUUGUGAUUACAGGAGCCUUGGCAAUAUGUCUUAUCUUUGGUCGUCAACAAGCAUCAAAUCUGGCCUCGGGCGUGCGUGGAUUGUAUGAUAAAUGGAAUAACAGGUCCGUGCAGACACGUGCAGUAGACGCGAGUUCAAUUCCGCCUUUUCAAGACGAGGCUUCUUGGCAUCAUUAUCGUGGAAGAUGGUGGAAAAAGGUGCCUGGACUAGGCUGGGUUUACAAGCGGUUCAAGCGAGAACCCACCAACGAUGAUGAAGCCUAUCUUCAUUUGACACGACAAGAAAGAGUAGACGAUCCACCACCGUACAGAGGAUAAAGAAAACCCAACAGCAAUCUUGUUUCCUUUUUUAUGCGAUUCCCAGUUUCUCUCAAACGAAAACAAUAACUAAUGGAGACUGUGGGUUAAACUAGUAAGCAACCGAAAUCCUAACACCAAUCACAGCCUCACACCAUACUGUUUUUUUUCAUUAUAUAUUUUCUGUUCUUAUUUUGAUUUUUAUUAUUAUUAUUAUUAUUAUUAUUAUUUCCCAAAGAUACUCAACGGGCUUGUUAUGCUUUGGAUAAAAUGCAUACAACAUGUAC